CAUCUUAGUUGAGGCACGCGUGUCUGAAAGCUGGAGGCAUCAUUGGCUGUGGCCCCGCCGGAAGGGCAUUGAUUGUGGUACACGUCCGGUUGUAUUUGCCUUUUCAUGUUGCUUUCUGCUAGCAGGUGGCAUGGAUUAUCCUUGCCAGGAGCUGUGUGAGGGUGACAGAAGUUCCUUGGCAUGCAUGUUGAGCUUGGCAGAGGCUCAACAAAAAUUGAAUAGUUUGGCACUUCAUAAUUCAGAGUCCAUAGAUCAAGAACAUGCCAAGGCCCGAGCCGAGGUGUCAGAACUGCAGCGUAGCGAGGAAGAAUGGAGACGGAAAGAAGCCGCUUUGCCACUAGGGGAGAACGGGGGAAUGUCGUCUUCGGAUGCCUUUAGUCAAGAGGUUUUUAAUAAGAGCUUUAUCAAUCAGGGUAAAAGAGAGCAGGAAGAUGAACCAUUAUCUUUUAUACAGAGAUACGAAGGAAAAAUUCGACAUUUUGGUAUGCUCAGCAGGUGGAACGACAGCCAGUGUUUCCUGUCUGAAUAUCCUGACCUUGUCUGUGAAGAAACUGCUAGAUAUCUACAACUGUGGUGUUACCAUCUAGAAAGUGAGCAGAAAAAGGCACUUAUGGAACAAGUAGCUCAUCAAGCAGUUGUCAUGCAGUUUAUUAUUGAAAUGGCAAAGAGCAGUAAUGUGGAUCCUAGAGGAUGUUUUCGGUUAUUUUUUCAAAAGGCCAAAGCAGAGGAACAAGGGUAUUUUGAAGCUUUUAAAACUGAACUUGAAGCAUUUAAAUUAAGAGUUCGAAUGCACACAGAAUCUUCUAGAUGUUCGGCGGCAAUGGUGCAGAAUGUAUCUUUUUUAUCAGACUAUGGAAAUGUAAGAACACAGUGUUUUAACCAACAGGAUAUUCCACAGUGUCAUCUGAAUACUGGUACGGAUCAUGUAAACCUUAUGGAGCAGGUCGGAGAAGAGGACACAAAGAUGAUGGAUAUGCUAUAAUAUCUUCUUUAGACAAUAUUGCUACAUGGACUCGUGUUCUUAUCAGUGACAGUUAUAAUACACAAUUCUGCACUUUAUUUAUUGAUAUUUUUUUUUCAUUUUACUUCCAAUGGGCAAAAUCCUGAGAACAGAUUGUGGUGUCUCUGCGUAAAUAUAAUGCUGCUAUUUUACCAUGUCAGGCAAAAGAAUGGAAUUUAAUGCAGUGCUUCUGCCAAUAGUAGAUUCGCCUUCAAGCUCCUCCAUGGUUUUUAUGAGGACAAGUAUUAACUUGAAUAAAGAGCUAAUGAGCUAUUGACAGU